UCAUUUGGUCUGAGUUCGCAAACGGCUCGCAGUAGCUCGGCAUCAGUGGAACAGACGCUCGUCAUCAAUACACGAUCUCAUCUCUUCGCCGUUUCGUCUUUUUACAAAUAAUUUUUAGACCCUUACUUGUUGAAACCAUAUCAAUGGAAUCCAUAGAGCAGCCUAUUUUCAGCACCUUCAGUGCGGAAGUGACAGACGACAAAGAUGAGCUCAUUGCGGAAGAUCACCUGGAAAAAACAUCGAAGAUCAAAGCAGAGACCAGCGAAACUCCUCGCGGCGAGCAUUCACCACUUCGAUCUUCCAAAGGACCACUGCCAUUUGGAAAAAAUGUGGUGACAGACCAUAACAAAGGCCUGUGGAUUAUAAUCAUCACGACAGUUAUCUUUGCCCUUAGCAUUACAGUGGCACUUGUACUUACAAUCUACCUGGUGCCAAAACGGAUUGAUGGACAUGCAGCUGUAGCCACUGAUGUUCCCAAGUGCUCGGAGAUUGGACUGGAAAUCAUCAAGCAAGGUGGCAAUGCAGCUGAUGCUGCUAUUGCUGCUGCCUUCUGCCUAAGUGUCAUUAAUGCCCAGUCAAGUGGAAUUGGCGGAGGUGGAUUUCUAUUGUACCAUGACCACAAGAAUAGUGAGACUAAAGCAUAUGACUUUCGUGAGACUGCCCCUGAUGCUGUUGAUGAGAACAUACUCAUGGGUUCAAAUCGGGAAGUCAGUGGCAUGGCAGUUGGCAUACCAGGACAAUUAAAAGGGCUGGCUGAAAUUCACAGAGACUAUGGCAGAAUGAAAUGGCAUCAGUUGGUACAACCAGCCAUUGAUCUUGCUGUUGAAGGCUUUAAUGUCACUAUGGCUUUGCAUGAAGAUCUGAGAAAACAUUUGGACUUGAAUUCUCUACGACAUGAGAUGAUGAACCCUCUACGUAUCUUUCUGCAAGAUCAGAAUUUUGUAGCCUUUGGUGACCACCUCAGACGUCCAGAUCUAGCAGAAGCACUAAAACAAAUUGCUUCAGAUGGUGCUGAUGCAUUUUAUUCUGGACCACUGGGCAUCGAGUUUGUUGACAUGGUGAACAAAUCUGGAGGCAAAAUGACAUACCAGGACUUAAAAAAGUACUCUGUCAACAAACCCAAUCCCAUUGUCUCUGAAUUCAAAGAUUUCAAAGUACUGGGAAUGCCUGCCCCAUCCUCUGGACCAGUAGUGUCGCUGAUGCUGAAUAUGAUGGAAGGUUUUGACUGGCAGGAGAACAGUGACUUAUCUCCACAGACUUACCAUCAGAUGAUUGAGACUUUCAAGUUUGGCUUUGGUUAUCGCAAUCUACUUGGUGACCCUUCCGAUGUCACUUACAGAGAUGAUAUCAAUAACAGCACAGCAUCAUUUUUAAGCAAAGAAUUUGCAGCCUCCUUGCGAAGGAAAAUUGAUAACGAGACUCAUUCAUCUGAGUUUUAUGGCUCGGUCAUGCAGCCAGUACUGGACAAAGGCACCACUCACCUGUCUGUCAUCGACACCAAUGAAGUCAUGAUUUCCAUGACACUCACUCUGAAUUCCUGGUUUGGAUCCAAACUGAUGACACCUAGUGGUAUCAUAGCCAACAACCAGCUUCUGGAUUUCUCUUUCCCAUCAGGGGACAUGCCUGUAAAUGAGAGAAAUCGACUUGCUCCAGGGAAAAGGCCUCUCUCUAGCAUGGUGCCAACAAUAGUAUAUCACAAAGAUCAACCAUGUGCCAAGCGUGUCAUUACUGGAGCAUCCAAUGGCACCCGUAUCAUUACAGGAGUGGUUCAAACGCUGAUCAAUGCAUUGGUGUUCAACAACAACAUGACAAAUGCCAUUGCUCGCCCUCGCCUGCAUCAACAACUCUUCCCAGAUAACAGAACUGAAUAUGAAAAUAUCACUUUCUCAUUACCAAAGGGUGGUAAAACAACAGCAGCCCUACCAGCAGACAUCAUCAGUGCUUUGUCUGGCAUGGGCCAGAGAAUGGUUCCUGUCGCUGAGGCGCUGAGCACUGUUCAGGGUAUCAUGAAAAUCAACGAUAAUAUCGAGGCUUAUUCCGAUUGGAGAAAAUAUGGCCAGGCAGCCACUUUCUGACUUGUCUUAACGGUAGUGAGCCUUCUGCGCUGUUGAUGCCUCAGCUCUCAUGAAGUCCAGUUCAAGUUGACCAGCAUCUGACAAAGGUUUUGUGACACUCAGAUCUACUUUUAAGACCACUCAGUCAACGUCUUAGGUUUUUGUUCACUUUUAUUCCUGCUCAUUUGUCCUACAUUCCUUUAGUGAAUCUCACAGCCAGAUCUGUAUUUAAAAUUUAUUUGUAAAUAAAUCUUUUUAAUAACAAGC